GAGCAUGAUAUUGAUCUCAAAGGCAUCUUCCACAAGUGGUUGGGACCCGAAACUCGUGAGCUCGAACUCAAGUCAAAGCAUCAGUUGCAGAUGAGUUAGACUAGCGUCUACAUAAAUCACGACAAGCACGGGGGAGACCGCAUCAUCCACAGAACUUGACUUACAGGACAGAGCACUGUAAAUUAAUGAUAAUCCACUAUUAAGAAGAGAUGCUGCACGAGCGAGUUGAGUACCUUUCCUGUUCCACAUUGUUCUGUCUUGUAGACCCGAUUAGGAACUUAAUCCGCUUUUGGUUGCGUUUGAAUAGUCAAUUAGCACGUGCUCGGGCUGGUUAAUUGGUCUCGAUGGACAAAGCGUCCUGGCGGUUGGAAACACGGAAAUCUUGUGAAAAAGCUCCGAAAUGGGUUUGCAUUUGGUCUGUGCUCGCGGUUUCUUCGGGCCUCGUGAUCGAUCCAGACACGAGGGCUCUUUUGGUGGUGAUCGAGGAUCGAUCUCCCGGUCGCCUUCCUUCGUAUCGAUCCUGGUAGGUCUGUCCGUGCGUUGGUGCUGUCCGUUCUUUCUUUCCUUAGGUUAGGAUCUUUUUCUGGACUGAGCAUUUUUCGACGUGUUUUCUGCUCACCUUUACUUUGACUUGAUUUGUGCGGACCGAGGAUUGGUCAUCUUCGCGUUUUGCCAGCACCUCGGGUACUUGACACGCCGUUCGGAUUGUGGCCUGGAACGAUACGUUUGGAUUCGUGAAGGUCGUCGUUGUUCAGGGUGAAAAGAAUUCGCAUGAAGUAGGUCGAGAGAAGAAGUGGGGGCGAGACAGGUUACACAGGAAGAAGACGCAUCCUCUUUGCCAAAGCUAAUUGUCAGUAAGCAAGAUGGCAAGGAUGCGGCCUGUGUUCUGUGGGAACUUUGAGUAUGAUGCACGCCAAUCCGAGAUCGAGAGGAUGUUCACGAAGUAUGGGAAGGUGGAACGUGUGGAUAUGAAAACAGGGUUUGCUUUUGUUUAUAUGGAAGACGAACGAGACGCCGAGGAUGCCAUCCGCGCUUUGGACAACACAGAGUUUGGAAGACAAAGACGGCGACUUUGUGUCGAAUGGGCUAAGCAAGGCGACGGCGCCAUUCGCCGGCGAGAGGAUGCUCGCAGAAGUAUCACAAAGCAGCGACCAACGAAAACUCUAUUUGUUGUAAACUUUGACCCCAUCCACACAAGAGUUCGUGACUUGGAACGACACUUCGAACCGUAUGGGAAGCUUCUUCGAGUGCAGAUACGCAAGAAUUUUGCAUUUGUACAGUAUGAAACACAGGAGGAGGCAACCAAAGCAUUGGAAUGCACAAAUAUGAGCAAGGUUAUGGAGCGAGUCAUAACCGUGGAGUACGCUGCUCGAGAAGACGGAGACCCGCCUACAAGUGUUGGUGGAACUAGUAAUGGAUUUGGUGGAGGCUCUCGGCGUAGUUCAAGUCCUGCAGGGCGAGGACGAGGAAGCAUUGGUGCAGGAGGAGGAGCAAGGAGUAGCCCUGACUAUGGACGAGCUCGCAGUCCCACCUAUGGACGAUACCGGAGUCGUUCACCACCUCGGCGCUACCGCAGUCGAUCACCUGACUACAGACCAUAUGCUGGAAGUCACCGUGAUGCCCGUGGUUAGCCAGCGGACAGUCAUUGAUCAAGAGAUCUUUUUGUACAACAACUUAGCUGCAUCUGGGAAAUGGAUAGCAAGAAAUUCAGUCACUCAGUUUAUGGGUUUGACAGCAAAGUAUUGCACGUGAAAAUCCAAAUGAUUUUUCGGCCCAGAGUUCGCUAAAAGAAUUUUGACUAGAUAAGAUGACUUUAUUGGGUGCUCAAUCCAUGUAGUCGGCAUCAGUCGCCCCCGAAUUAUUUUGAUAGGGUUAGAUGUAGUACGCAGUUUUGGUGGCCGAUCGAAUAAAGUCAGGCAUUUGUUGUAGUUCGCUACCGCUAACUACAGGAGUUUUUCGUCUUAGAGAAGAGUCUUAGUUCGACCUCUUAGCAGCGUAGCAAUUCUGGAGCCCAUCUGUGAAGUAUAGAGCUGGAUCAUUAGUAGUAAGAUUGAAAUAUUACUAGAGACGACGACUGUGUCCGGACCAAGAAUGUAUUUUAACAUGAAAUUGUCGAGUUGGACAAACCUUCGACGCUUUCACUAGCUUAAUGGCUUGCCUUCCAAGAGUACUCCU